AUGGCGUUCCAAGGCACUCCUGUCCUUGACCGGUUUAUCACAUCACUGGCCGAGAUAGUUAGAGACCGGGAUGGCGCCAAACUCCAAGACUUUUUGCAGAUCGAACCGCCGCUACCCGACGUGUACGGACGGAUGGUGGUUGAACUGCAACACAGAUACCCCAAUGGAUCACCAAAAGAAGCGGAUCUGUUACGGCGCUGCGAAGGAUUGGUGCCCAAAUCUAAAGGGGGGAGCUCAUGGACUGCUUUCCCAACAUUCAUGAAGCUGUACUUCUCCUUCCUGCGCGACGUGAAUGUCGAGAAUUUGCUUGAGACAUAUGAUGUGUUGAAAGGGCUCCUAAACCAAUGCGUCAUGGCACUUGGUGACAGCCAAUUCGGUAUCGUUGUCUUGCCCACCGUACUUUACCUCUCCAAAGUUCUGGCAAAGCUGGCCAUGGGACUAGAUCGCCGACCUGAACUGGUUGCACACUUGUUGAGACUAGAGGGUGGUGCAGAUCAGGAUGAGAGCACCGAGAAGGUCACAUUAGUGGAGAAGUCCGCGAAUGUGGUUCGAGAGGCCUUCAUUAAAUGCCUGACUGACCGCAGCGGCACACCUGGAGUCCACGGGAAGCCCGAGGGGAAGCGUGUUGGGAUCUAUCUGAUGGCUAACUUGUGCCUCAAGCUUCUUUUUCAGUGUGGCAAGCUUCGAAACGCAGAGCAGAUGUUUGCAAGCAUCACUGCUCAAUCCCCGCCACUGAAAUACUUUCCCGCCGGUCAGAGAGUCACCUACCUGUAUUACCUUGGACGCUACUUGUUCUCGAACAACCUGUUUUUUCCGGCCCAGAUUGCGUUGCAAUCCGCUUACGACCAAUGUCACCAUCAAGCCAUAAACCAGAAACGACUCAUUCUCACAUACCUCAUCUCGUGCAAUAUUGUAAUGGGCCGCUUUCCAUCCCUAAAUCUACUACAGCGACCCGAAGCACAGGGGUUAGCUGACAAGUUUAUCCCGCUUUGCCAACUUAUUGCCCGCGGAGAUUACAUUGCCUUCAGAGACCACCUUAGUAUGAAUUCACCAGCCACUGAAUGGUUUGCCCGAAAAGGCAUCCUGCUCCCAUUGCGCAACCGAUGUGAAAUCAUCGUAUGGCGCUCUCUUGCACGGAAGGUCUUCAUACACGGUGGCUUUCAUGGAGAGCCCCAGGGUCAAACCCAGAGAGGGCCACCUCCAUUCCUGUACCUCAACAAACUUGAAGCUGCCGUACGAUGGCUACAAUCCCAACACCCUUCAUCAUCCACGAUGCCAACAACAUCCCCAUUCGCAAACAACCUACAAAAACCAGCGAACAAGAGCUCCUACGGGUCACAGGUCGUGUCAGUAGCCCCUGACCAGGACUUCGUUUCGCUUAACGACCCUGUCACGAACGGAAAUGGUCCCGACCCGUCCCUCCUAUCCAAAUACUCUGACUACCUUUGCCCCGAGGGCUCCUUCGACCCAAAAGGGGAGUGGCAAUCGAAUCCAUCCAGAACCCUGGUCGAUGGGGCCCUAGACUUAGACUACAGCCAAUACGAACUGGACCCAUACGCGGAAGGAUUCGACGAAGAAUCCGACAAACCAUCUACACUGUUGCGUGAAAUUGAAUCCAUACUCGCCUCCCUCCUGACUCAGGGUCUUAUGCGUGGGUACCUCACACAUCGGAAUCCGCGAUUCGCUAUCCCCGGUGCGCGACUGCGUGGUGCUUUGCCCACGGGGUUCCCCAAUGUAUGGCAAACCAUAUAUGCUCGUGAAUCGGAGGACACGGGUGUCCCGGGCUGGGUUCAACCCCCUCCGACUAUGGCUAUUGGUGGUGCCGCCGCUUUAGCUGCCGGAGGAAGAGUGGUGAACCUCUCUGGUGCCAAACCUGUUGGUGUUCAAUAA